CACCCGCAACUUGAAAAUCAUAUGCAGAAAUAUGGAGGGCAAAAGGACGCAAGGGCAAGACAAGGUUGCAGCAUCCUACCUUGCCAAAGAAGAAGAAGAGGAAGCGGCGGAGAGGGCGAGAGAUGGGGUUUCGUCCCGUCUGUGCCAGGCGGAGAAAUGCACUGCCGAUUUGACGGAGGCCAAGCAGUACCACCGCCGACACAGAGUCUGCGAAGUUCAUGCCAAGGCACUUUCCGCCAUGGUUGCCGGUGUAAGGCAGCGUUUCUGCCAACAAUGCAGCAGGUUUCACGAGCUUGUAGAGUUCGACGGAGCCAAGAGAAGUUGCAGGGGGCGCUUGGCUGGACACAACGAGCGGCGAAGGAAGAGCUCCCUCGACAGUUCCAAACAAGGGUCUGACCGGAGAGGGAUCACGGACUAGACAGAAGCCCUCUGCUCUCUCUCUUCUGUCAUCGUCUCCAUUACAAGCCUCGUCAACUUAACCGUGAUUUCGAGAGUAUUAUUUGUCUGUAUUGUACGCCCUAGGAGGUUCUGUAUGUUUUUGUAGGAGUGAAUGUAAUAUUCAGCUAAUCCAACAUUACAUUAAAAUAAUUUCGACUGAUAAAUUUGUAAUAUUUCGG